AUGGGUACAGAGUCCUGGACGACUGUAACACUUGCGGAAUCUGCGAACCUCUGUCUAGAGUCUUUCACCAAGUGUCUCGCUCGGGUUGGCCAUCUCACCGUACGGGAGCAAUCAGCAAUCGAAGACCAACUUGGACAAUUCUCGAUCUGGUCUUCAAACAUAGGGAUCUUUGCAGCAGCGAAGAACUCCCUUGAUUACCGUCUUCGCGAUGCGUUUCGUGUUCAACGACUGCUUCGCCGCUUGCUCCGGAUACUGAACGACCAUAUCCAGCGACUUUUGUCAGCUAUAAACAGCCCACCAGAAGUACGAACGACUCUUUCCAGGCCCUCUUCCUCUUUAUCUGAGGCUACUGAGCUGGAUCCUAUCAUCCGGGAAUUAGCAGACGAAAUCGACCUGAUCCACAAGCUUUCCAGAGCAAUACGCAUUGUGAGCAAAGAGUCCCAGUAUUUAGGCACUUCAGCCUCUAAACUGAGUGAUAAUGUCAGCGGUGAUGUCAAGGGCUCACGCAUUAAUCAAUCUGACUUGGAGGUCAUUCAAGAUGAGUUUCCAAACUGGGCAAACACAUCAUCCCGGAGAGACAGCGAUCUCCUCGAGUUUCCUCCAGCACAGCCAGCAUCUGAGGCCAAACAAGACAAUUCUAGUAGCUCCUCUUUGUUGAGCCCGAUUGUGCUAACGUUCGAGAAACCCAAAGCACAACACACCCUGUCUCGUCUCAGCUGGGCAGACACAUCAUCCAGGAGAGACGCCGAACACCUCGCGUUUCCUCCCGCACCCAUCGAAUCAAUUCUUCAGAGAUUACAGACCCUCAACGAUAAUCAUAUAGCGACAGAAAAGGCGUUCCUACGGGGGAACACCAGCUACUCUCGUGGCGUUACACCACCUAUGCCUUCAAUGUUUAGCAAAGGCCAGCGUGAUCGGCGCGGGAUCAGCCUAAUGGAAUCAAAGCGGGAUCUGGAACGCGAGUGGUCAAUCUGUAUGGAAGGCGCAAGAAAUGUCAUCUGUCCUUAUUGUUACUGUGAUCUUCCUAGUUCAGUUGCCAUGAACCAGAAGAAGUGGAGUGAUCAUGUCAAGGGUGACCUCGACCUCUACAUUUGUUUGUUCGACCGCUGUGACUCUCCCUACAAGUUAUACAAUACCAAAGACGAAUGGUUAAACCAUAUGCGUCAACAUAGGCCGCGAUGGCGUUGUGCCGCACGGGCGCACGGUGUCCUUGUCUUCUAUGAGAAAAGCGAGUACGAAGAGCACAUGCGCCGAAAGCACAAAAGCACCCAACCACAACUAGCCAUACUCGCUGAGAGAAGUAGUCGACCCUCUGGCCCUGUCUUUCAGUCCUGCCCGUUAUGUGGUGAAGGAAAUCGGGCUGAUCUCGAGGAGCACAUUGCUGACCAUCUUACAUACCUUGCAUUGAUGUCAAUCCCCUUGCCUAAGAGCCAAUCGACCGAUGAUCACAUGAAGAUGGCUGCAAAUUUGGAUACCGAUCAUCUCCGGGCCGGAGGCGCUGGACGGACCGAUUCCUAUCACUCUUUUGACGAAAGUGAAAUGAAAAAGGCAGGAGAUCCCUCCAGGCUCCCUGAAUCCCCCUUUGCCGGAUUGAAAGAGUCAAAACAAAAACAGACAAAGGGAAAGGCACCAGUGAAGGACCGUAAUCAGGAAGAAACUCACAGGAGGUAA